AUGGCACGAGCCAGAAAGGGAGAGGAAAGUGAACAGAAAGGCAAAAGAGGGAAAGAGAUUCCUUCGCUUCAGGCAGCGGAAGGAUCGACUUUACAGGCGCGUCCAAGAGCAGUAACCUCGAGCAGACUCCUCGACAACGACGAUGACCACCACCACCACCACCACCACCACCACCACCAUCAUCAUCGCCACGACGACCCCGACGACGACGACGACGACGACAACGACAACGACGACGAUGGUGGCGAUGAUGAUGAUGGAGGAUUUCGCGAGCAAAACUCGGAGGAAGUCGCCAAGCAAGAGGAGGAGAUGAGGAAGCUUGUCUGGGAGAGAGAGAGGCGAGAGGAGGAGGAGGAGGAGAGGCGCGCGUGGGAGAGAGAAAAGCGCGAUGGGGAGAGAGCAAGGCUCGAGUGGGAGAGAGCAAGGCUUGGGUGGGAGAAAGAAAGGCGCGCGGAGGAGGGGCAGAGGCACGCCUUGGAGAUGGAGAAGCUUCGGCAUGAGGCCGAUGCUCGGUCGGCGGCGGCCCGAGAGCGGGAAGCCCAGAGGGAGGAAUUGCUCGACCUCGUCAACAGGCAGAACAACCUGAUUGAGCGGCUGAUCGGCUUGAUGAGGGAGCAUCUCCGACAACAAGCAAACCAGCCAGGCGGACAGUAG